UUGCGCGCCGUGUUAACCACAGGGGGGUUGGAAAGUCGCGAAAGACGGAUCGCGGUGGGGAUGGAGAGCACGCGGUUCUGGCAAUGAUCCGCUCCCGACGACUCAUGACAAACGUCGAACUGUCAGGUGGCACGUUACCGACUUCCGUCUUCUUCUCGGACCACAAUUUUUUCAUAACUUCCGGCGCGUCUUUUCGCGCGCCUCACUCUUUUUUCCCCCUUUUUUCGCCGUUUGCCGUAGAAAAUAAAUUAAUCUCUGUGACAUCGCACAUUUUUCCACUUGCAAAAUAUUAACGUUAUGAAAAUUGCCGAUCUCUUCAUGUUCGCAGCUCUUGUACCGCUAUGUAUUUACGGCAAUCGAAAUUCAUCUCUCAAUGGAAUGACGACAAGUACAGAGAUGUCAAAGUCGACGAGGAUUGCGAGAGGCUUUGUCAACGACAUCGUUUCGAGAAAUAUCACCAUGGUUUUAGAAAAUCUUUUAAUGAAUUAUGAAAAUAGUCAGCUACCAACACACGGACAAGGGAUUCCAACAGUCGUCCGAACAAAUAUUCUCAUUAGAAGUAUGGGUCCGAUUUCGGAACUUGAUAUGGAUUAUUCCAUGGACUGUUACUUUCGACAAUACUGGCGAGACUCUCGCCUCAGCUUCCUCGGACCGAUUAAAUCUUUAAGUCUCAGCAUUAAGAUGCUCGAGAGGAUUUGGCGGCCGGACACAUACUUUUACAACGGGAAGCACUCUUACGUGCACACCAUCACGGUGCCGAACAAGUUGCUCAGAAUUUCCCAGGAUGGAGACAUCCUUUAUUCCAUGAGACUGACAAUAAAGGCCAAGUGUCCGAUGGAGUUAAGAAACUUUCCAAUGGAUCGACAGUCCUGUCCAUUGAUCUUAGGAAGCUACGCCCACACAUCUGGCCAACUGGUCUAUGAGUGGCAAGAAGGACUGUCGGUAAAAUUUUCCCCUGGAAUGACAUUAUCCCAAUUUGAUUUGAUGGGAUCACCUUAUCGUAAUUUUACUUUUCUUCGUCGUGACGGUGAAUUUUCAGUUCUGCAAGUUUCCUUCAACCUUCAACGACACACUGGCUAUUUUCUCAUUCAGGUGUACGUUCCUUGUGUUUUAAUUGUCGUUCUGAGCUGGGUUUCAUUCUGGAUCCACAGAGAAGCCACGAGUGAUCGAGUUGGCUUAGGAAUUACAACGGUCCUCACACUUUCCACGAUAAGUCUCGACUCCAGAACAGACCUUCCAAAAGUUAAAUAUGCCACCGCUCUGGAUUGGUUUCUUCUAAUGAGUUUCUUUUACUGUAUCGCGACUCUUUUGGAAUUCGCCGGCGUCCAUUACUUUACAAAGGUUGGCAGUGGCGAAUUUCCAGUAGAUGAAGAAGAGUGGGAGGAUUGGGAGAACGCAACCAACGGGGAUUACGAGACUGAUACGUUUUGUACAAUCUCAGCUUGCAGUCCGCAAGCCGUUCAUCCCGAAAGUAAUGCCGCCUCGAGGAGACGGAAUUCGCUGCUAUGUACGAUUUACAAUGAUCCUGUCACUUUUGGAAUCCAAUCAACGCCUAUUUUCAGCAGUAAGCCAUCAACUAUGGAAAGACAAACUCAAACUGAAACUCGUUUACCUAAAUGGAAACAGUUUCUCUAUUGUCUCGCAGGAGAUGAUGCAUUCAGACGUCGAAGGCAACGGGAAGCGGCUGGAGGAAUUCGAAAACAUGGAAAAAGAAUUGAAAGGCAUAUAAAUAGCGUUUCCCACAUUGAUAGGGUUGCUCGUGUGGUAUUUCCGACAUCUUUCGGUUUUUUGAAUGUUUGCUAUUGGGUCGUUUAUGUGACCUACCAAGAUGAAUUCAAGUGGCAGGAUCCACCGAUCGGCUCGAUGUGAUUCUUCUUCUUCUUCUUCUUCUUUUUGUGCUCACUCAUUCGAAUUUUCAAAUAAAGCUGUAGAUAAAAAA